UUUUCUUUCUUUUUUUUUCACUCUUAUCAAUUUAUAUACUAACUACUACUCACAUAUAUGAUCUAAAUGACAAUGAAACGAAUAUACCAACAGCAAGAACUAUCGGAUAAUAAUACAAGUAGUAGUUCUUCUGUUUCUUUAACAAUAUCAGAAUCUACACCUUUAUUAAUACAAACUAAUACAAACAAUAAGCAACGUCAUUUAACAACAAGAAAAGAAUUUAAAUGGCUUUUUCUUAAUAGCUUACCUAUUGUCGGAACUUAUUUAUUACAAAAUUCAUUUCAAUUAACAAGUAUUUUUACUCUUGGACAUCUUGGUCCCGUUGAAUUAGGUGCUGCAGCUUUGGCUUCUAUGUUUGUGAAUGUAUCAGCUUGGAGUGUAGCGUAUGGUAUAACAACUGCACUGGAUACUUUAUGUAAUAAAACCAUGAUUGGCAUUUAUUUACAAAGAGCCUAUUUAAUUUUGAGUCUCGUUUAUAUUCCCAUUGCCUGUGUUUGGUGGAGAGCAGCCUCUAUCAUGUUAUACUUUCAACAAGACCCACAAUUAGCACAUUAUGCAGGCUUGUUUUUACGUUAUUUAUUACCAGGGGCACCUGCUUAUAUGGCAUUUGAGGCUACAAAACGAUAUCUUCAAGCACAAGGCAUUAUGCAUGCUUCUACUUUUGCCAUGAUGAUUGCUGCACCUCUUAAUUUUAUCCUCAAUAUCUGGUUUGUCUCUCUAUGGGGGUUUUUAGGUGCUCCAUUAGCGACCUCCUUUAGUUAUUGGCUCAUGUUUAUCUUCCUUUUGAUCUAUAUUCAAUAUGUUCAAGGAAGUGAAGGUUGGGGUGGUUGGACUCGAGCUUGUCUUUCUGGCUGGCUCCCAUUUCUGAAACUUGCCCUUCAUGGUAUCAUCAUCAUUUGUGCAGAAUGGACUGCGUUUGAGAUUUCAUCAUUAGCCGCGAGUUAUUUGGGUUCGAUUGAUUUAGCUGCUCAGAGUGUUUUAUUAACCAUUAGCUCCACCACGUAUGCAGUCUCUAUGGGUAUCUCAGUUGCAACCACAAAUCGGGUAGGGAACCAGUUGGGAGCUCAGAGAGGGGAUAAUGCGAGUCGUUCCUCUUUCACAGCUCUUAUAGUAGCUGCUCUAUCUGGGAUCAUCCAUUCAAUCUUCUAUUUAGGUUCUAGACGAUGGUUAGGCCGACUCUUUAGUUCAAAUACAGAUGUUGUAGACAAGGUAGCAGCUGUCUUGCCACUUGUAGCAUUCUUCCAAGUAGCCGAUGGGAUUGCAUCCGUUGGAGGAGGUAUCAUACGAGGCCUUGGACGGACCCAUGUGGCAGCUUGGAUUAAUUUGGUUGCUUAUUAUGGUGUUGCAUUACCCUUUGGUUUCCUUGCAACCUUUAAAUGGGGUUGGCAAUUGAUCGGUCUUUGGAUAGGCUUAUCUAUUGCUCUCUUCUUGGUCGCUCUAUCUGAAAUAGUGUAUUUAUAUUCUGUUGAUUGGAAAAUUGAAGUAAAACGAGCGCAGGAACGCUGUAAGCAAGGUUAAGAUAAUUGAUAUGAAAUGUAUGUGCGUAGAUGAUGUCCUUCCAAGAAAGAAAGAAAGAAAAAAGGGAGGGGAGAAUUUUAUCAAGUUUCUUUGAUAACUUGUUAAUAUAUAUAUGCAUACAUGUAUAAUAUAUCGAUUCUUUUUAUUAAUAAACUAUUGUUAUGUACACUACUUUUAAUCUUUAGACUUUCUUAAAG